AUGGUUUCCGUCCCUCUUGGUUUUGAGAUUAAUGGGAUGGACCAAAGCAAGAACUGGGUGUCUGAAAAUAGGGUUUUUGCAUUUGGAUUCUUGGAAAAGGAUGGCGAUGAUGAUCUUGAUAGCUAUGCAGUUGGGAUUAGGUAUAACUUAGGAAAUAUAACUGUAAAUUUGCCUGUUUGGACUGUUGGUGGGGGCAUUAAAGUUUCUAGAAACUCCAGCAUUAGGCUUGACAUGGAUGGCAGACUAGUUUUAGUUCAAUUCCCUAAUGGAAAUCCUGUAUGGAGUAGUAAUACCUCCACUUUGGGUGUUGCAAAAGCUAGUCUUUUGAACAAUGGAAAUUUGGUUCUUUUGGAUGGUAAAGAUAAGGUGUUGUGGGAAAGUUUUGGUAGUCCAACAAAUACUUUACUUCCUGGUCAGUCUCUCUGUUAUCCUCAAAAUCUUAGAGCCCUUUCAAAAAAAUCAACAUUAAGUUACUAUAGUUUGGUAAUUAGCAAAUUUGGUGAGCUAGCACUAGUUUGGGAGCAUAAUGUGACCUACUGGAGGAGCCAGUUAAGCUCCUCUGUGAUUGUAAAGGAAGCAAGAUUUGGUCCUAAUGGAGUUUUGGGGCUGUCUGAUAACAAUGACAAAGUUUUCUGGUCUGUAUCAAGUAAGGAUUUUGGAGACCCUUCAGUUACUUUGAGACACCUUACUAUCGACCAAGAUGGCAACUUGAGAAUUUACUCUUGGGACAAUGUGAACCAGUGGAAAGUAGGAUGGCAAGCAGUGGGGGAUCAGUGCAGCGUGUUUGGUUCUUGCGGUUUGUAUAGUGUCUGUAAAUAUAAUUCUUCUGGCCCUGUUUGCGGUUGCCUGUAUUCUGGAUCCUCUGAAGGUGGAACCACUUCUGCUGUAGUUGAUUCAAGUGGUUCAGGGUGCCAAAAAAUGGUGGAUUUGGGGAACUGUAGAAUGCAUCCCAGCAUGGUUGAUAUGAAACAAACAGUUCUUUAUGGCCUUUAUCCACCAAAUGAUGUUAACCUGUUUUUGAGCCAGAAUGAUUGCAAGAACUACUGCUCAAAUGAUUCAACCUGCAUUGCAGCUACAUCGAUGAAUGAUGGUUCAGGACUCUGCACUGUCAAAAGAACAAGCUUUAUUAGUGGUUAUAGCACUCCUUCUGCUCCUUCCACUUCAUUUUUGAAGGUUUGUUCUGUUCCACAAGCAGUUGCAGCUCAAGGUGUGAACCCCCAUGAUGAUGGAGGAUUAGUUUAUUCGUCAAUUGGCAGAAACAAAGCUGGUAGAGGAAACAUCAGGGUGUUCAUUGGGGCAAUAGCACUGAUCGUUUUUAUAACGGUCUCAAUUGUUGUUGGCAUGGAGAUGUUUGCGUUUUGGCUUUUGCGCCGGAGAGGACAACUUAAAGCUCAAACACGUAUUCCAUUUGGAAAGGAUGCUCAAAUGAACCCACAUUACAGUGCUCUCGUCAGACUUAAUUUCGAAGAGAUAAGGGAACUGACUGACAACUUUGCAACUCCACUUGGACCUUCUCAUUUCAAAGGUACCCUUCCGAACAAAACAGUCAUAGUUGCUAAAAUGUUGAAUGAUGUUGCUGUUCCUGAGAAGGAAUUUCGAGUUGCUGUUUCUGCCUUGGGUGGGACGCACCAUCGAAACUUAGUAGCCAUAAAAGGUUUCUGCUUUGAACCAAAACAUAAACUGCUUCUGUACGAGUAUGUUACCAAUGGAUCACUGGAUCAAUGGUUGUUCAGCUCUGAGGAGGAUGUAAACAGAAGGAUUUGGGAACAAAGACUGCAUAUUGCUGUUGGAAUUGCACGUGCUAUUGCUUACCUCCACACGGAGUGUCAACAAUGCAUAACUCAUGGGAACCUGAAGCUAGAGAACGUCUGUCUUGAUGAAAAUCUUGUCCCUAAGUUGACAGAUUUUGGAUUAAGGACUUUACUCUUCAAGGAAGCAGCAUCUUCUUCGGAAACGGCAUCAGAGAAGGACAUAUACAUGCUUGGACAACUAUUGUUGCAGAUUGUUACCUGCAAAAGGGUUGUGAAUGGGAAGAAUUUGCAGCAAGUGCUUGAUGAGUUGUCUCAAGAACAAAAUUUUGGUGACAUUGAUGAUCUAAAAGCAGUGGAAAGAGUGGUGAAAAUAGCAAUGUGGUGUAUGCAAAUUCAGCCAUAUUUGAGACCUUCCAUAGGCGAAGUAGUUAAGGUACUGGAAGGCACGCUUUCAGUUGACGGACCCCCAUCAGGUUUUGUGUUUAAGCAUGACAACAUGGAUCAUGGUGAAACUGCAGUAGAGGGAGAAGAAUUCUAG